CUCCCUGUGUGUGUGAGGAAGCUGUCGGUUUCUGCAUCUUGGGAUGCGCUCUCUGCGGGACAGCGAGGAUGAGGCUGAAGAAGAAGAGGAGGAAGCGGGAUGGUUGUGCAGAGCUGAGAGCCCGAGCAGUGGCCGCCCGGCAGUACCAUGUUCCAAGACUCUGGGGAGAUCAGGCAACAGUCCAAGCAGAGUUAUUGUGCACAUAGACAUGGAUUGCUUCUACGCACAGGUAGAAAUGAUCCGGAACCCAGAACUGAGGAAUAAACCUUUAGGUAUUCAGCAGAAAUAUAUUGUGGUCACAUGCAAUUAUGAAGCGAGAAAGUUCGGGGUAACAAAGCUGAUGCUGAUUAAAGACGCCAGAGAGAAGUGCCCGCAGUUAGUCCUGGUUAGCGGGGAAGAUUUGACUCCGUACAGAGAAAUGUCUUACAAAGCUACUGAACUGCUGGAGGAGUUUAGCCCCAAGGUUGAACGACUUGGCUUUGAUGAAAACUACAUUGAUGUGACUGAGCUGGUGGAUAAGAAGUUACAGGAGGAUCGAGAGACGCCAGAGGUUCUUGUAUGUGGCCAUGUGUACAAUGAUCAAAAGUUGAAUGUAAAUGACUGGGCUCACACAAGGAUCGCUGCAGGCUCUCACAUCGCUUCUGACAUCCGAGCAGCGCUGUACAACAGACUGGGUCUCACUGGGUGCGCAGGUAUCGCCUCCAAUAAGCUUUUGGCCAAAUUGGUUUCCGGGACACACAAACCCAACCAACAAACUGCUCUGCUCCACGACAGCCAAAGUCACCUGAUCAACAGUCUGGAUCAUGUCAAGAGAAUCCCAGGGAUUGGCUGCAAAACCAAUAAGCGCCUUGAAUCCCUCGGCCUGAGCAGAAUAAGCGACUUGCAGGCCUGCCCCGUUACAUUGCUAGAAAAAGAGUUCGGUAGUUCGGCCGCUCACCGACUCCAGAUGCUGAGCCACGGAGAAGAUGAUUCACCUGUGGCCCCAUCUGGGCCACCCCAGUCCAUAAGUGAUGAAGAUUCCUUCAAAAAAUGUUCCACUGUGAGUGAAGUGAAGAUGAAAAUGGAGGAAAGACUGAAGAAUCUGUUAAUCAGGAUUGCCAAGGAUGGAAGGAGCCCCCACACGCUGCGGCUCACCAUACGCCAGUUCUCUCCGACCAACAAGUGGUUCAAUCGAGAAAGCCGUCAGUGCCCUAUUCCGCCCCAUAUAAUCCAGAAUAUUGGCACAGCAGAGUGUGAGGCCGUCCCUGCUCUGAUGGAUUUACUAAUGAGGCUGUUCGAGAAGAUGAUCAAUGUGAAGUUGCCAUUUCAUCUGACUCUACUCAACGUCUGCUUCUCCAACCUGAAGGCCUCCAACUCCUCCCGCAGGUCCAUCGGAUUUUAUUUAACACAAAAGGCAGCGUCAGCAGCAGCGAGCCCGUGUAAAGGAUCCGCGGGAGUUGAAGAACACAAGUCACACAGUUUCCCCCAUGUGGAGAAUUGUCCAGCCUCUCAUACAGCGGCACGAAGUAUAGGCCAGCUCACCACUUGUGUACCCACCAAUCAUGAUGAUGCACACUCGGCAUCGGAGUCCCUACCUGAGGGCAUUGACCUGGAAGUAUUCAGCCAGCUACCAGAAGAAAUAAAGCAGGAGAUCAUUGAAGGUCAGCGCUCUGCAGCAGAAGCAGAAUUGAGGAGUGCACCAAAAAGUCAGGCAACGCCUCCUAAGGGUAUACUCCAUUUCUUUUCCAGAGCUAAAGCAGCUGAUCUGCCCAGCCAGCAUGAUAAACAAUCACAGACUUCCUCGAUUAAGCCCUUGGCUUCUAUUGAGGCACCACAAGUUCCCUCGAUAAACAGCUAUUUCUUUACAAAAGGGAAGGCAGACUUUACACCUACUGGGAGAGAUGAUUCUUUGAGGGGCCCAAGGCCAGAAAGUCAUCCGUUCAGCUCAUGUUAUGAUAUUGAUCCUCACACUAAAGCAGAGCCUAUGGAUUCAUGUUCUUCCACCUCCACUUUCUCUGUGCAGAGUGCAGACGUGGAGUUUACGGGAGCUGGGGAUGAGCAGGAGAAGGUUCCCUUUCCUCACAGUGUCGAUGUAAAUGUCUUUUCCCAGUUACCGGAGGAGGUGCGAAGGGAAUUGAUUGCAGAGUGGAAACAGUUAAAACCCACCCUAAAAAUACCUGUGAGGAAACAGAGUGAGAAAGCAAAAGCCUUGAGAGGUAAAAAGACUGGGGCAUCAGCAGGAGCCGGUGGCCUACUCAAGUAUUUCAAGCCCACCUAAAGGGAUUCUGUCAUUAUUUUUAUGAUGUCGUUUUUAUUUCUAAAUUACACUGUUUACACUGUAAAUACAAUAUAAAAUUUAAUUCCUGAA